GGGAUACUGUGUCCAUCACGAGAAGAUCAAAAGUUGGAGGUAUCUCCAUCACAUGACCACUUAAUAAACUGGAUUUCUCUUGCCAUAGGGUUGUGUAGCACAGUCCAUUCCUGUGUAUUUCAUUAUGGACUAUUAUUGCAUCAAUGAAUUGAGCACGCUGGCUCUUUGAGCGUCUGUAGAUACAAUAUGGAAGCUUGUAUACCCCCCAGAAUCAAUACCCGCUUGUUGACUGUUCUGUGGCACCUCGUGUGUCGGUGACGCACGGAUAUCGACCUAGCGGAGCAUGAGGCUCGUUGGACUUAGGGACUGUGCAGUGAUGACAACAAUGUGUUCAUUCGGCUGGAAAUACUGCAUAACGAUACUGGUGAAAACCCGUGGGCGAAUUGAUGUUGUGUACCGACAAGCAAGAUAGGAGUAGGCCUAGUAUAAACUGAUGGCACGAGCGUUCGCUGGAACACACUGCGGACGAACACUGAGGAUGUACACAUACAUCAGAACGAUCAGCUUCUUUGGGAUGGUUUAAUUUGCUGCUUGCAUGGUGUUCUGUUCAGACCGAUUCCCAUCGUGCGUGUUUCGGAACAUCCAAAUCUGUCAGCAUUCAAGGGAUUCCGAUGGCUCAUCAUUUUGACACUUAGCAUUGCUGAAUGUACACCUGGUGUCAAUGACGUUACUUGUUAGCUCGUAUCAACACCCUGAUGGGAUAAAACAGGAGCAAUUCUUCAUUUCACUGCUGAAUUGUCACUUUGCACUUUUAAUCGACCCACUGUUGCACGUCAAAUUUGGUCUCGAUCAUAAAAAGUGCAGAUAUUUGCUCAUUUUAGACUGACUGCGCUCUAACACCAAAAGGUUUGGGCUAUCUGAGAUCACACGGAGUGGCUCCUCGACUCACGAAGAGACCUUGUGUUACCAAUCUCCGAGAUGCUCCUCGGGACGGUCCAACUGUCGGGCGAGAACAUCUCGUCAGCAGACGCCCGGGACAUCUGCGAGUCUCUCCAGCAGAACUCCAUCAAGCUCCUGUCGCUUAGGAGCUGCCGGAUGGCCGACAGGCACUACCGUCGGAUGAUGGAAGCCGUGGCCGAGUGCAGGUCUAUCUCCCAACUCAACCUCAAUCUGGGGUUGGUGUGCAGCCGAGAGAGAGUCAGACUUCUUGCUUCGGCACUGACUACCAACAAGUCUCUGACUGGACUUUAUCUCCACGGAUCCCCACUCGGGGACGAUGGUCUCGCUCUGCUAAUAGAUUCCUUGUCUCUGCAUCCGGGCAUCACUUCCCUCGAUCUUGGAGACUGUCGCCUUGGCGAUCGAGGCAUCCAGAUGUUAUGUCGUCUCCUUCCGACGAGAGGCGCCAGAUCAGGGCUGAAGGAGUUGACCCUCAGCGCCAAUCCUGCCGUUACCCCAGCGGGCUGGGCAUAUCUAGCCGUGGCCAUUUCGUCCGAUAGCUGCCUGAGAGUUCUCAAUCUCGACUACAACCGCCUCGGGGAUACCGGAGUCUGCAUGCUAGCGGUGUCGGCGGCGUCGUGCAAGACCCUGGAGGUGAUGGACUUGGAGAGCGUUGGAGCAUCCGACCAAGGAGCUAGGGUUCUUCUGACACUUCUGAGUGGUUUUUCGAGAACACUCACGGAUGUCGUUGUAAAAGACAACAACAUCAAUACAGACAUCGAGAGAGAACUGGCUCAGCGUCUUGGGCAGGUGCACGUGUCGGCUGACAGCAGCUCGAGCGACUCCGGACAAAGUGGAGACGAGGCCCUGCCCCCGGCGAGCGGGUCCGGGAAGAAGCGGCCCAGGCGCGGCGGUACAGACAGCACGCGGCGCGCGGUGUCCAUGGGCAGUCCACGGGACGAGCAACUCCGCUCGGUCGAACGCACCGCCAUGCGCCUACUGAAGAGGACCAAGUCCAGCGAGGGUGCACUCCUGCGGAAGAGGAGGACUCUGAAACGGGGGGACCACCUUUCCGAAUCAGACUUGGACAGCUCUGAAGAGGAAAUCAGCCUUUACAUGUCCAACAUGGACAUCGGAAGGACUGAGAAAAGCUCCCAUGCUGAGACUGCACACAAGUCUGCCAGCUUGUUAACGAUACAGUCCAACGUCGUGACUUCAUCCCCUCAGCAGGAAAGACUAGAGCAGAAUCUUGCUAUCGGAUAGUCACUUGAACUGUGCCCAGGCGUCCUAUGGACGUACAUGUACUGUACAUGUACACUAAACUACUGCACAUAUAUGCUAACGCCGCAAUUGGCGAUUUUUAAAGAAAGAUACUCAGCGAUGUGCCUUUGUGCUCCACCGGCAAUUUAGGGUUCAUCUGUUCAAACUGGUCUGUGCUGACGUCUGUGCCUGCAAGAUGUGCAUUUGUACUUGUUAGAAGCUAGUCUACUGACUCUCAUUCUUUAAAGUCAUUCCACGUUUUAUCAGCCAGAAUUACGAACUUCAGUGUUAUUGUUCAUUCCUGAAGCAAUAAUGGGAGAUGCGGUGUGUGAAAGUGUUUUUAAAAGCAAGUGCCUCUGACAAUCGUGUACAGCAUGAAAUUAUUGUGUGUUAUCAUAUUACAUGUUCGAAUUAAUCUUAAUUGACAAGUUUUUGUUUACUCUGUCCUGGUCGUUAAACAAUGUAUACUUGAUUCGACUUGGAAUCGCAUGCAUUGUUCGGCAUGCACAAGGGUUUAUCCACUGCGAACACAGGGCGAGGGUUCCUCCUCCUUUUCUCUUUCUCAGAAUGACGCAA